UCGUACAUGAGGGGGUGACCUGGAGGAGGGGUAGUUUUCGGUACCGAGGGGCGUGAGAUCUGUACUAAAGAACAGCAGAGCGGUUCACGAGUGUGACGGAAGCCGUUCCUGAGUUUCUCCUGACCAUGGGCCCGCGGAGCCGGGAGCGGCGGGCAGGAGCAGUACAGAGUACCAAUGACAGCAGCGCUCUCAGCAAGAGUUCCCUAGCCGCGCGUGGGUACGUGCAGGACGCCUUCGUCUCGCUGUUGGUUCCGGGGACCGCGCGCCGCGCGCCGCUUAUUCACAGAGGUUACUACGUCCGUGCGCGCGCGGUGCGGCAUUGUGUACACGCCUUUCUGAGGCGAGCGUGCGCGUACCCUGAGGCGCCUCGCUCGCAGAUCUUGUCUUUGGGCGCGGGUUCUGACUCUCUGUAUUUCUGCCUCAAAACCGAUGGCCUCCUGGCCAGGGCUGCAGUAUGGGAAGUGGAUUUCCCGGAUGUGGCGCGGCGCAAAGCCGAGAGAAUUGCAGAGACACCGGAACUGUGCGCGUUAACUGGGCCUUUCCAGAGGGGCAGUCCCGCGUCCGUGCUGUGCUUUGAGAGCUUGGACUACCACAUCCUGGGCUUGGACCUAAGGCAGCUCCAGGAAUUGGAUGAGGCCCUGGCCUCCGCGGGCUUGGACGUGACCACACCCACUCUGCUCCUGGCCGAGGCGGUGCUGACCUACCUCGAGCCGGUUAGUGCUGCCUCCCUCAUUGCCUGGGCAGCCCGACGUUUUCCUGAUGCCCUUUUUGUGGUCUAUGAGCAAAUGAAGCCUCAAGAUGCAUUUGGGCAGUUCAUGCUGCAACACUUUCAGCAGCUGAAUUCCCCCCUUCAUGGCCUGGACAGCUUUCCAGAUGUGGAGGCCCAGCGGUGCCGCUUCCUUCAAGCUGGCUGGACUGCCUGUAGUGCCAUGGACAUGAAUGAAUUCUAUCACUGCUUUCUCCCCGCAGAGGAACGCUGGCGGAUAGAAAAUCUUGAACCCUUUGAUGAGUUUGAGGAGUGGCAUCUUAAGUGUGCCCACUACUUCGUUUUGGCAGCCUCUAGGGGAGACACCCUGUCCCAGACUCUGGUGUUUCCACCCGCAGAGGUAUUUCCUCGAGUAGAUCCUGCUUCACCUUCAGGAGUCUUCGAUGCCAGAAUAGUCACUAAUGACAAUCAGGGCUCAACUCUUAAAACAUUCGGCCAUGCUUCUGUCCUCCUGAGCUCUGGCAUUAUUCUCAGUGCAGGAGGAUUUGGAGAACAGAAGAGGCGGCACUGCAGAGUGAACAAGUUUCACUUGCUGUCAAGAAAUAGUGACUCUGAAUGGAAAGGCUUCCAUAUAGACAGUUGUGGGACGGGAACCCAGUGGGAUGGACGUCUUUAUCACACCAUGACAAGACUUUCAGAUACUCAGGUUUUGGUUCUGGGAGGGAGACUGUCCCCAGUAAAUCCAGCCUUGAGCCCUCUACAGAUUCAUUUAUUUAAAAAUGAAGAUAAUAGCACUGAGAGCCUGAAUGUGACAGUAACAAGGGCUGGUCCAGGAAAUUUCACUUUGUCUUGUUGGCGGCAUUCAACAACUGAAGUGUCCUAUAAGAAUCAGAAAUAUUUGUUUGUAUAUGGGGGUCGAAGUGUGCUAGAACCUGUACUAAGUGACUGGCAUUUCUUGCAUGUAGGGACAAUGGCUUCGGUCAAGAUCCCGGUGGAAGGGGAAGCACCUGAAGCUAGGCAUUCCCACAGUGCCUGCAGUUGGCAAGGGGGAGCCCUUAUUGCUGGAGGUCUUGGGGCUUCUGAGGAGCCAUUGAACUCUGUACUCUUUCUGAGGCCAAUCUCUUGUGGAUUUCUCUGGGAAUCAAUAGAUAUCCAACCUCCUAUUACCCCAAGGUACUCCCACACAGCUCAUGUACUCAAUGAAAAGCUUCUACUGGUAGGAGGGAUCUGGAUUCAUUCUUCCUUAGUCCCGGGAGUGACUGUUGUCAAUUUGACUACAGGAUUGAGCUCUGAGUAUCAGAUUGACACAACAUGUGUGCCGCGGCCAUUAAUGUUACACAACCAUACUAGCAUCCUCCUUCCUGAAGAGCAACAGCUCUUGCUCCUUGGAGGUGGGGGUAAUUGCUUUUCCUUUGGUACUUAUUUCAACCCCCAUACAGUGACAUUAGAUAUUUCUUCCUUAAGUGUUGGGCAGUAAAGACUAUGGACUCUUAAUCUAUUCAUGACCCACUAAAGUAGACAAUAUAGGUUUCUACAAAUUAGACUUGAAUCUGACUAUAGAUGUUGCUACUCCUUCCUCCUUCCUCUUUGUUUUCCUCCUUAGCCCUAUUAAGUGAAGAAAGUGAAAAAGGGUAUUAAGAUACAUACCAACAAUCAGACAGAUGAUUAUAUAUAUAUAUAUAUAUACACACACACAUAUAUAUAUUGUAACAACGAUACAGUCCCAGAAUAAGGGCCUUUGCAUUCAUGUCCAGUUUAUUGAACUUCUACGAAUCUUCAAAUCUUAGUUUAGCCAUUUAUUGACUUACAGUGGCUUUUAUACUAAGAUAAAUACAAAAUUUCCUAUACCUAGGCUUUGUGACUUGAGAAUAUACCUUAGAAAAAGUUGCACACAGAUUCUUGGUAGAAUACAAGUUGAAUAUAGUCAGAGGAAUAUGGGGAACAUGGUAUUAACCUAAUUCUUUGUGUAUGAAAUCUAAGUGAACAUAAAGUUUGAUUAAGGUAUUGUUCUUUUAAGUGAACAAUUCAGUUUUAACAAGAAAUGUUGUAUGACUAUUGAAAACCAUGUUUUGAUUAUUUUUUACUACUUGUUUUAUAUUUAUUUAGAUUUAUAAGUGCCAAUAAACCAGAUAUUUGAUGCCUCAAUUCAUAAUGUA